AAGGCGGUGCUUAUAGCAUCUCGAUGUAUAUUUAGAAGAUAGGAGGGACUAGAGUCAAGAACAGCCCACAACGGUUCAAAGUAAAGUAUGAAUGUCAGUGUUGCUGGACUGUGAGAUGUCACGUUGUCCUCUUUGAAUAUGAGGUCCGAAUCAACACUGGGUCAGAGAUGCUGAGCCAAAAAAUCAAGGACUUGCAAGCUCCUGAUUUAAAAACGAAAUUAAUACUUUGUUUAAUUUCCUAUCCUUUUUGUUUGUCAAUCCCAAAUAUUUAAUUUAGGACUAUUUCUGCUGAAUAAACCUGCCAACAUAUUCCAGUUCACCUGUUUCAACCGUCUCAAUGGCAUUUUUAAUGAAAAAGAAGAGGUUCAAGUUUCAAAUCCAUUUUACAUUGGACGAGCUCACGGCCGUACCGUUUGUCAAUGGGGUACUUUUUUGCAAGAUCCGAUUGUUGGACGGUGGGGACUUUGGCGUCUCAUCAUCCAGGGAGGAGGUCCAACAGAACUGUGUUCGUUGGAAGAAGAAGUUCUCCUUCAUCUGUAAGAUGAGUGCCAGUCCCACCACUGGAGUCCUGGACCCCUGCAUCUGCAGGGUCUCUGUACGCAAGGAGCUCAAAGGAGGAAAGACGUUUUCAAAGCUGGGCUUUGCUGACCUCAACAUGGCGGAGUUUGCUGGCUCAGGCUCCACUGUGCGCUGCUGUAUCCUCGAGGGCUACGACACUAAGAACACUCGUCAGGACAACUCCAUUCUCAAGGUUACUAUUGGAAUUACACUUUUGUCGGGGGAUCCUUGCUUCAAAACGCCCCCCAGCACAGCCAAGUCCAUCUCGAUCCCGGGCCAGGACCCCUCCCUGCAGCUGGACUGUAAAGGCGAGGGCACCGAUGCCAACUCAAACCCUCCCCCAGGGGGCGUCAUCAGGACAUCAUCAGGACGGCCCCUCAAACCCAGACUCCCCUCAGCUCCCCUCAACUCUGGUCUACCCGAGCAGUUGGAGCAGAGCCUACCCAGCCCAGAUGAGGUCUUCCACAUAGGACACUCCCGGAACUCCAGCUAUGCCAGCCAGCAGAGCAAGAUAUCAGGGUACAGUACGGAGCACUCUCGCUCCUCCAGCCUAACAGACCUCACACACCGGCGUAACACCUCCACAAGCAGUAGCACUUCUGGGGGCCUGGCCACCCCCACCCAGACCCCCCACGCACAUGCACACGCCCUCGCCAACCCCCACCCCCUUGCAGCAGACCCCCAGACAACCGGAGAGCCUGGCACCAAGUGUGAGAGACCCCCGCGGCCACCGCGGCCCAUCCUGCUCUCCAACAGACCCUCCAGGAGGAAGAAGGACACGGUUGAGAGUCAACCCACCUGGGUGGAUGAUACGCGCAUCGACGCCGACGACAUCGUGGACAAGAUUAUCCAGAGCCAGAACUUUGCCGAUGUCAGCAGCCAUGAAGAAGACAGCAACCUCAGAUUGUUUGUCAGCAAAGAUGGGACUACAGCCCUAAGUGGGUUACAACUGGGGAACAAGGUGACUGCUGGCGUCUUUGAGCCAGUGGUGAUCGAGAGCCACUAGCGAUGAGUGUGUGUGUGUUCACACAAAUGCACAUACCCCUGUCUUUUGAGUUACACGACUUCAACAAACACCACUAAACUACAUAUGUAACCCUUUAAUGAGAUAUUUACGGUGAUGGUGGUGGGACGUGUAAUUUAUGAAUAAUCCAUUCAAGUUUUUAUAUUCAUGCUUUCAUCUGGGGCACCAUAGGUGUAAAGUGUGCAAACUACUUGAUAGAGAGAGAAAUGGGAAACCAUUGCACCGUGGGAGUUGUAGUGAAACACUGAAAAUCAGGAAAAAGCUUGCCACACAGGUUGGGUUGGAGGCAAAUGUGGCUGCCUCAAAAAGUUGGAAUGUUAUGAUUUACCCUGUUUGUAUCAUUUUUGAACAAUGUUUGUGUAUGAUAAUGGUUGGGGAUACAUUUAGUUAUUCAAAUAACAAAUAUAAAUUCAAAUGAGGGGAGAUUACUUUAUCAAAGAAAGACUUGGUUACAAACUACUAAAUAGAGAAAUUGAACAGGCCAUUUGAACUAGGCUUGAAUGGGUGGUUUUCAACGUGAAAUGUUCUAUAUUUGAUAACCCCUUGCAAUCCCCCGAUUUCAGAAACCGUACCAGACCUGGGGUCAAAAUUACGGUAUAGCCCAAAGAAGCCAUGUUAUAGAAUAAAAUUAUAUAUACAUUAUAGAAUAUAUUAUAAAUUACACAAUGUUUUAGAAUAUAGGCUUAUAUAUAAUAUGAUCAUAGAUCAUGUUGAAAUACGGACCUCAGAAAGAGAAAGCGUGCACAUAUGGCUGGCCAUAUGCAACUGUACACACGGCAUGGUCAAUGAUUCAUCCAUUACUCUAGUCUAGGUAAAUGCAGGAAGGAUUGGUAAUCGAGUACUGGAGUCUAGGUGAAUGCAGGCAGGAUUGGUAAUCGAUUACUGUAGUCUAAGACCUUGAUCCUCUCCUCCCCUGGGUCUUGUACAUAGUCUUCUUUACAUCCGUAAUGUGGGACACUAUCCUCAAGCUCACCAGCUGGCUUGGUGACUAUACCGUAAGUGGAAAAGUUGGAAAAUCAGAGGGGGAUAUUUCUGUGUGUGUGUGUGUCUGUCUGUCUGUCUGUCUGUCAGUCAGUCAGUCAGUCAGUCAGUCAGUCAGUCAGUCAGUCAGUCGUUUUGUCCCUUGACUGUCGCUCAUUUGUCCUGUAUGUCAGACCCAAUUAUUUUGUGUCACCAUGCCCAUGACAUCCCUCCAUGUUGUCAAGGACUGGAGUUGUCAAUGAAUUAAGUUACUAGGUUUCUGGGAGAAAAAAAUCUAUCUUCUUGAUCUGCAAGAAAGUCCUUUUGUAUUUGUGUUCUCAACAAAUCAAUGCUUACAGUGAGACUCAAAAGGAAACUCGACUGCAUAUUAUUUCAAAUAUGCUUUCAAUGCAAGCCAGGUCACUGAUUUUGAUUGAGUGGGGGCCCUUAAAUGGUUUGGUUACUGAAGUGGGUUACUAAAGAUGGCUGGCUAACUUAGUAAUCCUUCUUUGUGAAAUACCUUCUAUGUGGGCUUGGCUAGAACUGUCCAACUGUUGCCCUUCCACUAAGCCUCAAUAUCACCAGUCGUUAUCAAGCGUAAUGAACUGACAAUUGAAUAAGGGCUCUAAUGAUAAAACUGACGGUGGUAUCUGGUCAUCUUCAUUUAAUUGAACAAGCUAUUCUAUUUGCAGGGGAGAAAUGUAAUUUUAUUUCUGUCGCCCCCGGAUUUUGAUCCCGUUAGAAGAACAUUGCAUUGUGGGUAUGGUGUAGUCAGAGCCAAUCAGAGCUAACAAUGGAGGAUUUUGAGUAGAAACUCCCCUCUCAUCCCCAAAUGACAAUGGCCUCUUGUAUGUGUGUUUGUGCCUGCGCAUAUCUUUUUUAGGGAGGGAGUGGAAAAGAGGAAAUGUCCAUGUGUGUGUGUGUGUGUGUGUGUAUGUGUGUACUUCUGUGCAUUGUCUGUGUGUGUGUCUAUGUGUGUGUGUGUACUUCUGUGCAUUGUCUGUGUGUGUGUCUAUGUGUGUGUCUGUGCGUGUGUCUGUACGUGUGUCUGUGCGUGUGUCUGUGCGUGUUCAAGUUGAAGAGCUUGCCACUCACCUGUCUCACGGUUCUUGACCCCUGAGUAACGUUUCAGUUGAUCUGAAAGCCCUCAGCAGGAAAAUGGACCUAAUGCUCGCGCCUUAGCCUGUCUUAUCGCCCUUAGUCUGUUCAUUUGAAAUUUAUUUGAAAGGAAAAGUGCAAUAUGGGCUUUCAUCUACACACCUGUAGCUUCAACAUAGCUUCCUAACAAGGAUGUUGUUUUUUACAACAGACAUAAGGUGUCCCAAAUGGCACCUUAUUCCCUACAUAGUGAACUACUUUUGAACAUAGCCCUGUAUAGAGAAUACAGUGAUAUUUGGGACACAGACAUUCACAGCAUACUGAGAGUUGACAUUCAGAGGCGCAGAGAAAAAUGUCUCCUGACUGGCCCUUUAAAAAUACAAUUGGGCUGUGUGUGCUGUUGCAAUGUGCUUUUUUGUGUGUAUUUCACUCUCCACCUUGUGUCAUUGUCAUUGUAGUUGCUGUGUGCAUACUGUAUGUGAAAAAAAAGAAACAAUGAAUGCCUAAACUUUAACUUCACUGACGUGCAAACACAUGCAUGGGGAAAUGUUGACAGGUUUUCUUAGCUUUAUUUCAACUCUAUUUCAUCAACUUUGAUUAUACAAGCCCUCUGUAACACAGUGAAUCUGUAUUUUAGCGUGAGCUUCUUUUACAACGAAACCAAUUGAUUUCUUUCAUUACACUGUAAUCUCGUAGUAGUGUAGUCCCAAGCAUUUUAUUCAUGGUAAUGGUUAUAAUGGCAAACACUUGAUUCAUAUUUGACUUGUUUUAACUUUUACCAGCUGGCUGGUUUAUUUGUUCUAUGCAGCAGAGAUGUAUUGGUAAACCUGUACCUGUGCUCUACUUUGAAACAUUGAAAAAUCAAGUAUACAAAAAAGAAUUAUACACUGAAGAGUUGUAAUAAUUGGUUAUUUCUGAUUCCCCUGCUACUGUUUUUAUUUUUACAAGAGGGCUCAUUGUAUAUUUCUUAAAUAGUUUGGGUUCUGUUUUCGUACAUUCUUGACUAUUUGUAACCUGUGAUUUUUCUAACAAAUGAGUUGAACCAAUAUGUUGACAUCAGGUUCUGCUGUCAUGAAUGGAGCGCUAAGGAUUUUCUGCUGCAUAUUUGAAAUAUGAAUUAAUCAACACAUCACUAUGGAGGGUGAGGUUUCUCUGAUGCAACACAUCACUAUGGAGGGUGAGGUUUCUCUGAUGCAACACAUCACUAUGGAGGGUGAGGUUUCUCUGAUGCAACACAUCACUAUGGAGGGUGAGGUUUCUCUGAUGCAACACAUCACUAUGGAGGGCGAGGUUUCUCUGAUGCAACACAUCACUAUGGAGGGUGAGGUUUCUCUGAUGCAACACAUCACUAUGGAGGGUGAGGUUUCUCUGAUGCAACACAUCAUCAGAUAUUUGUCAUCGCUUUUCAGCCACUAUAUCACCUACAUUUUGUGGGUUGAAGAACUUGGUAGGUAAGAGGAUGGCAGUCAAGACAGAUUGCUCUCUGAAAGACCGAGUACUGUAAAUCACUUUCAUUGUUCAAUCAGAUAUUAAAAAUCAAUAAUUUCUUUGAAUAUCAUCAUUUGCAAACUCACAUGGACCUUUCCUAAGGCUAAUCAGCUCAGUAGGUAGGGGAACCAGAAUUUAAUGGGGACCAGAUAUACCAUUCCUCUGUCUGAAACCUCGGCUGG